AUGUUGGUGAAGCGACGUCUAGGAGUUCUAGGAGAAUUGAUUGCCGAGUUCGGACUGAAGCUGAACGUGCUUUUCGUGCCUUCGGAGAGAAACAGGGCAGACGCACUGACCAGGGUGAAAAGGGCGUGGUUGGAGGAUCCGGAGGAGGCACAGAAAGGGAUAGCUACGGCGUGUCGGUUGGAUGACUCCAAACUGAAGAGAUUGCACGCUAUGCAUCACUUGCGUGUGGACAAGACCCUGUAUCUCGCGAAGAAAAUUGAUGCUGACGUUACUAGGAGAAACAUCCGAAAAGUGGUGGGGAGAUGCGACAGGUGUCAGUACAUUGACUUUGCUCCGUGUGGGCAUGAGCAAGGAAACCUUUCGGUGGAGCACAACUGGAAGAGGCUAGCUGUGGAUGUGACGCACUACCGUCAGGGAAUAUAUCUCUCCAUGGUCGACUGCGGGUCGGGCCGGCUGGUCAUUUGGAGGGAGUUGAGAACGGGCAUUACUGACGAGAUUGCACAGAUUUUGAACGGGAUAUUUUUAGAGAGGGGUCCCGUGGAAGAACUGCUAAUGGACAACUGGGUGGCAUUUCGUUUGGAAGCGUUAAGGGAUAUGCUCGACCGGUGGAAAGUGCGUCGCUUGUUCAGAGCAGUGUAUAGGCCGAGCGAUAACGGAAUCGUAGAGAGGCACCAUCGGACAGUCAAGGUCAUAGCGGAAUGUGGGCACAUUUCGCCGCUGGAAGCAAUUUUCUGGUACAACAUGUCUCCCCGAUCCGGACAAGCUGAAGAAUCUGUGCCACACAAAGCGGUAUUUAAAUAUGAAUGGAAGCAUCCAACUAAAGCGCCGGAGUGCCACGAGGAAGAGAAGGGACCCGCUUGCAUGAAAACAGGGGAGGAAGUCUGGGUUAAGCAACCGAAGGGGCGCUGUACGUCUCAAUGGAGCAGAGGAAUGGUGACGGCGGUCAAUUCCAGAAACAACGCUUCGUCGGGUGACGAUUGUGGAGUGGAGGAGAACGAGGUGCCCAGCCUGAGAUCUCGAUGCGCAAGGCGCCCUUCCGGUUAG